AUGGAUUCAAAAAAUCCCAAAGAAGAACUUUUUCAAAACUUUCUGUGUGAUUACUUCAAGAAGAAGGGAUUGUCAAACACUGCUAAGAUUUUCAAAAAUGAAGCUCGAGUUUCCGGACAUAUUCUCCCUGAAUUUGAUAAACAACCACAUGGAUUGUUGUGCGACUUCUGGAAUUUAAACUAUGGAACUUCCAGUGAGAGUCAGGCCCCAAAAGUUGGUGCUACAAUGGACAAUACCCCUCAAAUAAUUCGGGAUAAAUAUUCUAUUCAACACCAUGCAAGUUUUCUAAGCAAUCAGAAGCUUAUGUCCUGCGAUUUUUCAUCUGAUGGAAAGAUUAUAGCAAGUGGUGGGAUUGGGGCAAGUGAUGAGAAUGGGGCGAAGCCUUUCAUUUGCUACGUGGAAAGUCGUGCUUCUGUUACUGCAUUAGAGUCAGAUUUAGAUAUCAUCUUAGAAGUUAGAUUUCAACCAAAAUCAACUAGAUUUGCAACAACUUCUCGUGAUGGAACAGUAAAACUAUGGGAUGCAAAAAAACCUGAGAGAGCAUUGUUCAAUUAUGUUGUACAUAAUGGAAAAGUAAGAUCAUUGGACUUCCACCCAACAGAAGAAAUUAUUUGCUCAUCUGAUAGCAAUGUAAUUAAAGUAUGGGAUCUUAAACAGCAUGCCACGAUUAAAGAAUUGCAGGCAGGUGGAAGCCUAGUGAGAUUUCAGCCUGGAUCUGGGAGGCAUUUGGCAGUUGCUAAUCAAAAUGUUAUCACCAUACAUGAUUUAAAGGAUCCCAAUGUUCGGAUCAAUCUUCAGGGACACACCAAAGACAUCUAUUCCAUGUGUUGGGAUGUCACUGGUAAAAUGAUUGCCUCUGUCACUGAAGAUGAUGUACGUGUUUGGUCGGUUUUUAUGGUGAAACAAUGCAUGUAUAAGUAUCCAUCAAAUGGGAACAGGUUUCAGUCUGUCAUAUUCCAUCCUCGAUACCCUGGCGUCUUAGUUAUUGGUGGUUUUCAGUGCUUGGAAUGGUUGAUUAUUGAGAACGGGCAAAGAUUUAAUAAAGGAAGUGCCUCUGAUAUAUCAAUUACUGGACUAGCAGCUUCAACGGCGCAAAGUGAAUUCCAUAUUGCAUCCGCUAGCACUGAUUCUAUGGUGAAGCUAUGGAAAUGA